AUGGGCAACUCACAGCAAUCUGAGCCUGUCGUCAUCGUGGGCAGCGGGCUGGCUGGCCUGGUCGCCGCUUACGAACUCACGCGCAAAAACAUGCCCGUCGUCAUCGUCGACCAGGAACCCGAGGGAAGUCUAGGCGGCCAAGCAUUCUGGAGUCUCGGUGGCAUCUUCUGCGUGAACUCGGCGGACCAGCGCUCCAAGGGCAUCAAAGAUUCCAGAGAACUGGCUCUGGCGGAUUGGAUGGGCACGGCGAAGUUUGAUCGCGAAAAGGAAGACUACUGGCCCAGAAAGUGGGCUAGGGCGUUUGUGGACUUCGCCACCGACGGGAUGGAGCCGUACCUCAAGAACCUGGGCGUCAAGUUUCUCCUGGUCGGAUGGGCGGAGAGAGGAGCUGGCGAUGCUGCAGGCCACGGCAACAGUGUACCACGGUUCCAUUUGACUUGGGGCACCGGGCCGCAGAUCGUGAGGGCGUUCAGUGAACCGGUCAGACGCGCCGAGAAGAAAGGUCUCGUCAAGUUCUUGUUCCGGAGGAAGGUCGACGAGCUGAUCGUCGAGGAUGGACGCGUCGUCGGUGUCAAGGGCAAAGUCCUCGCGGAUGUGAAAAAUGGCUGGGUGAGAGGGCAGGCGACGAACCGGGACGUGGUGGGAAAUUUCGAAGUCAGGGGGCGCGCUGUGGUUAUUUCGACCGGCGGCAUAGGUGGGAAUGUGGACAAGGUCAAAGAGAACUGGCCUGUCCACAGGCUUGGACCGCAGGUGCCGGGCCACUUCGUCGUGGGUGUGCCGGCGCAUGUCGAUGGAGAGAUGAUUGGAGUCGCGGAGAAGAAUGGUGCGAAUGUGGUCAACAUGGACAGAAUGUGGCAUUACACUGAAGGAUUGCACAAUUGGAACUCGAUCUGGCCAGCCCAUGGCAUCCGAGUCAUUCCAGGGCCGAGCUCGAUGUGGCUCGACGCAAAGGGCAAGAGAUUCCCACCAUUCUUAUACCCUGGAAGUGACACACUCGCAACCCUGAAGCACAUAGUGGCCACGGGGUCCGAUUAUUCCUGGUUCAUAUGCAACCGCAAGAUCGUGAGCAGGGAGUUUGCCUUGAGCGGCAGCGAGCAGAACUACGACCUGACGGAGAAGAGUUACAUACGGCUCCUGGAGAGGCUGUUUUCUAGUCUUGGGACGAGAGAGGUCCAGGCUUUCCUGAAGAAUGGCGAGGACUUUAUCGUGGAGAAAGAUUUGGAUAAGCUCGUCGAAGGGAUGAACAGGCUUGCCAAAGAAAGGGGCGGGCCGGAACUGGACCUUGAAAAAGUCAAGAAGGAGAUUGAACUGAGAGACAUGCAGGUCUCGAAUGAAUUCGGGAAGGAUGCACAAAUCAUGUUGAUCAGGAAUGCAAGAAACUAUGGACCCGACGGACGCAGAAUAGCGAAGCCGCAUCGGCUGCUCGACCCCAGUGCUGGACCGCUGGUUGCCGUGCGGAUGAACUUGCUCACGCGGAAGAGUCUCGGCGGCAUGGAGACGAAUCUCGACGGGAACGUCAUGAAGCCGGAUGGACAGCCGUUCAAAGGGUUGUAUGCUGCCGGUGAAUGUUGUGGGUUCGGCGGAGGUGGUGUGCAUGGGUAUAGCUCGCUCGAGGGGACGUUCCUGGGUGGAUGUGUUUUCACCGGACGGACAGUUGGGAGGGCGCUGGUUAAGGAGAUCCUGCCAAAAGUUAACGAAGCGAAGCUUUAG